AUGAUGAGGAGGACGUCGUCGCCGUCGCCGUCGUCGUCGCUGCUUCCCCUGCUCGUGGUCGCCGCCGCACUCGUCGCCGCCGCGCUCCCGGCGGCGGAGGCGACGUACAGGCCGAUCGCCAACCCCAACGCCCUGGUGUACCAGCAGGUGGGGCGGUUCUCCGUGAUCGUCUACAACCUCUCGCACCGCAAGAGCCUGGUGUUCGUCUCCGUCGUCAGCGGCGAGACCGAGGCGGCGGUCGGCGGCGGCACCAACUACCGGCUCGUGCUCUUGGCGCAGACGACGCCCGGCGGGAGCAAGGCCAAGUUCCAGUGCGUCGUCUGGGGCGUGCCCGGCUCUCGCGCCAACACCUGGAAGCUCCUCAGCUUCCAGCCCAUCUAGACGAUCCAUGAUCCAUCCAUGGCGGUACAAGAAUGCAUGCAUAAGUUGCCAUUGUGUUAUCUAUCCAUCGAGUAAUAACUUACUUUGUGUCCGUUAUAUAUUUUCUGAGAUUUGCUUUAAGUCCAAUAAAAAAUAUCUCGAGAUACUAGUAACUCGUAGUACCAAAUGAUCGUUGGAUCUAACCGUGCACAUUUUACUCAACUAGAUCUAAUCAACUAGAUCUAAUGGUAAAAAACGAUUUGGUAACUCGAGAUACUUUUUAUUGGACCGAAACAAAUCUCAUAUUUCCUUGGACUGGAAAUAAGCUGUCUCUUUAGAAAGGAGACUGCAUUUUGCAUUUUGUUAUGAUUAAGUUUUGUGCCACAAGCAAACCAUGUCGAAGCUAAUGUGUAACCUUAUGACAUUAUGAAAAAUUGAAAAUGCAAUGUGAUUAU